UGAAGAUUGACUCUCUGAAGCUGGAAGGCUGUUGAUCAGGUGUGUGCUGUGAGGGUUCAGGGUCCAGGUCAGCGUGAACGUCUCAUUACUGGAGUUAUCACUCUUCACCAGUCUUCACUAGACUUUGAUCCGCUGAACCAGCCACAUUCACACAGUCCUGGGAAUAAAGAGUAUUCUCAGAUCCAGACAGCACAAUGGACAUCUCUCUUUCAAGGCUGCUGUUGUUUCUGCUCUUGCUGAUAGCGCUGCUGUCCUGUGUUUCUGCUGCAGACAAACUCAACAUGUGUAUGGAUGGAAAACACCAGAUCACAGAGCCCAGACCAGAGGGACAGCUGUAUCUGCAGUGUUCUCCGUGGAAAGAUAACGCCUGCUGCACGGCGAACACCACAGAAGAAGCUCAUCAGGAUAAUUCAUACCUGUACAACUUCAACUGGAAUCACUGCGGCAGUAUGAGCGAGAAGUGUAAGCAGCACUUCAUCCAGGACACGUGUUUCUACGAGUGCUCGCCGCACCUGGGGCCCUGGAUACAGCCGGCGAGCGAGUCGUGGCGUAAGGAGCGUAUCGUGGACGUGCCGCUGUGUCUGGAGGACUGUACGAGCUGGUUCGAGGACUGUAAGAAUGACUUCACCUGUAAAGAGAACUGGCACAAGGGCUGGGACUGGAGCACGGGUAUUAACCGCUGUCCGCGUGACUCUCGCUGCAGACCCUGGACGGAGAUCUUCCCCAGCGCUCAGGACAUGUGUGAGAAGAUCUGGUCAAACUCCUACAAGUACACCACGCUCACCAAAGACAGCGGCCGCUGCAUGCAGAUGUGGUUCACGGGUCCGAACCCCAACAGGAAGGUGGCUGAGUAUUACCUGAGCGGCGGUCCGGAGACGGUUGCCAUGGCAACAGGCCUGCAGGUGUUUGUGCUGCUGGGGAUGCUGCUGCGCUGACCACAUCACAAUCACAGCUGAGAAUAAACAUCUACAGACCAACACAACGGAGGACUGUUCAGUUUCUGUGCAUGUAUCUGAGUCAAAGCAUGAAAUCUAAUGUUUGUUUAUGAUAAGCCAGUUUCGUGUGGUGAACCAUGUGAAGUUGAGUAAUAUAAUGUAAUCUACAUUGAUAAUCUGUUUAUUGAUGUAGAUUUGUUAAACUACUCCGGGAUGUCUAUUGAUUAGAAAAUAAUUACUACUAAUAAUAAUUAUUCAUUUUAUUUGAUGACAUUAUUUGAAAAGCCUCUGACUACAGCAGUGUUCAAGAAAUGGGGUUCAAAAUUUAAAAAAUGACAUUAACAAAUUCUGGCAUGAAAUCUAUGAAUAACUGAAUAUAAACAUUUAUAUAUAUUUAUAUAUAUAAAUGUUUAUUGAAAUAGAACUUAAAAUAACAUGCAAUAAUUAUAUAAGUGAAAUAAAAAAAAACUGUUAUUUAUACAAUUAUUGCAUGUUGCCUAAUAAAAUAAAAUAAUAAGAUAAAACAAUAAUUUAUGUUAUUUUGCAUAAUUAUUGCAUGUCAUCGGAUAAAAUAAUAAAUAAUUGUUUCAUUUUUAUUGUAUUAUUUAUUUGAUUUGAAUUAUACAAGUAUUGCAUGUGUGAUGGAAUAAAAUAUAUAAUAACAUAUUUUAAAUAGCAAUUAUUUGUAAAUAAAAAUAAUUAACGUUUAUUUGAUUUUAUUAACCAACAUGCAGAACAAGGGUGCGCAAGAGAACCAGCGCAUGUCCGGCUGCUCUCUGGUGUUCUGUUAGUGAACCGACAGGUGGCGCUGUGACACAGGAUCUUUAGGAGCGACAGUCCAGAGAUGAGCAAACCAGAGAGAUUAUUGUUCAUUUCAUAUUUCUGAUGGAGAAGAUGUGAAUAUUCACCAGUUCUCAUGAAGGAAACUGUGAUUCAAAUGCCUUAUAGACUACAUUUAAUGAGAAGGUCCAGUUGAAUCAUACACAAUCUAGUUGUGGUUGUUUUGGGUGCAACUGUGGCCUAAUGGUUAGAGAGUUGGACUCGCUCCUAAACCUCCUGUGUGGCUUGUAAUCUGAAGGUCUCAGAUUUGAGUCUCGGUGCUGGAUCUAUAGCUUAAAUAAAAUGAAAUAGUUAUUUUAUUGUAGCCUACUGUCUAAUCAAAUAAUAUAAAAGCUACAUUAUCAAAAAGGUAAACCUCAUUGUAUGAUUAAUAGAACAGUUAUAUCACUAAUUAAAUAGAUAUAUACAUAGGAUGUUUUUAUACAGGUAAACGUCCUCUGUUUUGAAAACUUUCUCUUGAUGUGAACAUUAGGGGAAUGUUACAUUGUAUCAUUUUGAAAACAUUGUGGGAACGUUACUUUUGAAUGUUCUCUGAGCGUUCUGAAACAAGGAGCAACACUCAGGAGCUGAUCUAGAAAAAUAUUGAUGGUGUGGCGAGAAGGGGGCAGGAAUUUUUG